CUAUUGUUUUAAUGACCAAUAAUAAAUGUGAUUAUGUAAUAAAUUCUCUUUAAAGAUUUCAUCUUUUUCAUUUUGCAUUAAAAAAAAGUUGAGCUUACAAGUGUGCUAGCUUUUAAUAUUAAAACAUUGUAAAUUUUGGAUAGUUCAAAAACUGCAAUUUGUUCAAAAGUUUAAUCAAUAAGGAACUAAUUUAAUGUUGUGUUUUUGGUUUAUUAUUGUAACUUUAGUAACUGGUGUCACCUAAGUAUUGGUUUUACAGGCUAGAUCCAGGCUUACUUCACAAUAUAUUUAUUUUAAAGAAAGAAGUAAAUCAAAUUGCUUUUAAGUGCCAUUAUAAGGUUUUUAAAAACAUCGCAUUUUGAGUAUAAAUGGAUGAAGUCCUACGAAAUCCAGUAUUUCAAAUUAAGUUGUCUAAACUACUUAGUCAGGAUUGGUUUGAAGUUGGUAUUUACUUAAAUAUUGAAGAGCGUAGUUUAUAUUCAAUUAGGAGCGAUUCUAUAAGUUUUGCAAACCAAGAAUGCAAAGCAUACGAAAUGUUAAAAAAAUGGUUUAAUUUUGAUGAAAAACCGACAUUUGAAAAGUUAAAACUUGCCAUUUUAAAUAUUCCGAAAAUAGAUUUAUUGAAGGAGGUGGAGGAUCUUGCAAGUGGGUUUUUCACUAUGUCUUCAUAUUUAUCAGAAGGUGCUUCGAAAACAGAUUUGUCAAGAAUGUCUGCUGAACUUAAACAAUUUUAUCUUAAAUAUUGUGGGAAAAUUAGUGAACUUCAACCACUAUUAAAAGCACCUGCAAAUGUUGAUCUUAUGAAUAAAUUCGUUGAUCUAUGUAUUGUUGAUGCAGCAAAACCACAAAUGGAUGCUGUUUUUAGUGUUGAACGAAAAGAAUUUCUUGAAAAGCAAAUGCGUUAUACACCAAUUCCAUAUAGUGAACUAUUUAUGAACGAAAAAUCUGUAAUAUUAGUAUCUGGAAUUGCUGGUAUUGGGAAAACAUGGUUGCUUAGAAAAUGUUUGCUUGAUUGGUCAAAUGAUUUAAUUUGGAAAAAUGUUGAACUUGUUUUUUAUUUAGAAUGCAGGAGGAUUAAUCAAUAUGAAAAUAUUUUUAGUAUAAAUGAUUUACUAAGCGUUUUCUACAAAGAUAUUAUAAGUAACUUAAAUAUUAGUAUUACCACUGCACUGUUUCUAAUUGAUGGGUUAGAUGAGUUUAAAUAUUUCAAUGAGUUAUCAAAUCCAAAUUUAAAAUGUAAAUAUCCAAUUGUUAAUGUUUUAGCAGAAAUUCAAAACUAUAAACAUUUAGUUGCUGGUAGAGUUUAUGCAAUUGAUCAAUACCAAAGUAUUUAUACAGAUCAUAGUGAUAAGUUAACCAUUCAAAUAAUGGGGUUUAACAAAAAUGGAAUAGCGAAUUAUGUAGAAAAUCAUGUAAAGGAAGAAAAAAAAGGAAUUGUAAAAGCAACUUUAAAGGAAUCUCCAAUUGCAAAAGCUAUGGCAUCUGUUCCUUUUUAUUUAUCUUCUAUGUGUAAAAUUAUAAGUGAUUCAAAAGAAAUAAGUACAAUAUCUUUCUUAACAAUGACAGAUUUGUAUGCAAACAUUUUUUUAUACUUUUUACAAAAACACAUCAUUAAAAACAAUGAAAUGAUUUAUCAGAUAAUGGAAAACGAUUCUAAUAAAACAUAUAUUUUAAAUAUUUGUAAAAUUGCAUAUGAAUUGUUUGUUGUAAAUAAAAUAAUUUUUUCAAAAGAAGAACUUCAAACUUUUAUUGGUGAUUUUGAUAAAAAUGAAAAUUUUUUUGGAUUUAUAGAAAGGUUUGAAACGAAUCUGGGAUGUUAUUAUCAGUUUGCACAUUUGACAAUAAUGGAAUUUUGUGCAUCUGUAUAUGCUUAUAAUUGUUUAAGUAGUGAUGAAAUCAUGACCAAUGAAAAGUUGAAGAGUUGUUUAUCGAUGAUUUGUGGAUUAUCUAAUGCUAGUCAAAAUAGUUUAUUAAAGUUUCUUGUUAAUCUGAAUCCUUCAAAAAGUCCCUAUAAAAAGUUUAUUCAAUUUAUAAUGAAUCUAUUCAAGAAUCCUUCAAUAAAGUCCAAUGAAAAAUCUAUCUUUUUGUAUUCUAUUUUGGAUCGUCUAAGUAAAAGUAUUAUUUUUAUUUCUUCUGUUGAUUUCUACGAAUGUUUUUACGAAAGUCAAUCGUCAUUCACUGAUGAAAUAAAAUCAAUUGUUGAUAAACAAAAUAAACAAAGGUUUGGUGGUUGGAAGAUUUCGAUUCACGAUGGAAAAACUUCUUACGCAACUUCUUGCGAUAAUUAUUUCGUAAAUUAUUACAUAAAAUCUGGAAGAAAGUUAGAGUGGUUACGUGUUCAUAAAAAUAUUUUAAGUGAUGAAGAAAAAAAUCUUUUAAUUCGAUGUUCAACUAAUGUUCGCAAUGUCUGCUUUUUUCGUCCAAUUAAUUUCGAAGGAUGGAAACCGAAAGAUAAGAUUGAAUGGUUGAUGAUAUGGAUCUCAGAUUAUUUAAUAACAAAAAAAGAUUUUGAAGAAAACUUUUUUCCUUGGAUUAAUCUUUGUGAAAAAUAUUUAAUUCUUCAACUUCACGACGACAUUGAUUUCCUUAAAGACAUUUGUGAAUUGAUUCGUUGUUCGAACAUCAAGAAGUUUGAGAUCGAGUACCGUGGAAAAUAUUUUCGUAACCUCGAUGAAUUAACUUUAUAACGCGGGAAAAUGUUUAAUAUUUUAAAUAUAUAAAAUAAAAACAAUAAUUAUAAAAUAAUAAAUGAAA